UGCUUUGUGCCCACAGUGCAACUACCUGGUGCCUGCACUGCUGGUCAUCCUCAUCUUCCUCUGCUUCCAGCAGAAGUCCUACGUGUCCUCGGCCAACCUGCCCUCCCUGGUCCUGCUGCUGCUGCUCUAUGGCUGGUCCAUCACCCCCUUGAUGUACCCGGCCUCCUUCCUCUUCAGCAUCCCCAGCACUGCCUACGUCGCCCUGACCUGCAUCAACCUCUUCAUCGGCAUCAACGGCAGCGUGGCCACCUUCGUGCUGGAGCUCUUCGUGGACCAGAAACUCAGCGACAUCAACCGCAUCCUGAAGAAAGUUUUCCUCAUCUUCCCCCACUUCUGCCUGGGCCGAGGCCUCAUCGACAUGGUGAAGAACCAGGCGAUGGCUGAUGCCUUUGAGAGGUUCGGAGACAAGCGGUUCGUGUCCCCCCUGUGCUGGGAUCUGGCAGGGAAGAACAUGUUCGCCAUGGCUGUUCAGGGCGUCAUCUUCUUCCUCUUCACCCUCCUGGUGCAAUACCGCUUCUUCCUGCGGCUCAGGGAGAUUUUUUUCUUUCUUCACAUGUUCUCGCUUAAAGAGUUGCAUUUUAAACAAGUUAGCUUUUUCUUAGUGCUUGGCGUCCUUCGGAAUCGCAAAAAUUUGGCCUUCUACGACGCGGAAGCGCAGAAGAGUGAGGCCAGCGCUGCGCGAUGCAUGGCGGGAGUCCUCCGCUUUGCAUAUGCCGCUGAGGAGGUGGGCCGGUCCUCCACCGUCCCAGAGUUCCCUUGUGGGGCGCUGCUCUUGCGUCGUCGCGUUGUCGCCGUCGGUGCUAGGGGCCGGCGGAGGAAGAUGGCGGCGGGGCGGUGA